CGGAAGUGCGUGCCGCCGCAGCCAAUGCUAAUGCUAAAACCUGCAAAUUAACACAGAAUUUAUACGUUUUUAAAAGAACUUCACAUUGCCAGUACCUAUUCGUGAAUAGUUCUGUCGCUAUGUACAGUGGUCUCUUGCCGAAAGGUUUUACGGAUGACGAUCUUAGUCCCGACGAAGAAGAGGAUGUGGAGGAAGAAGACAGCGAAAAGUUGAGAUCCAAACAGCAAAACGCAGCAUCCACAGUGGAAGUGUUGCCAAGAGUCAGCGCAUGUGAUGCUAGCAGUGAGGGGCAAUGCAGUCUGCCUGGUAUAUCUCAAGAAAUGUGGCAAAAAUUCAAGGAUCUACAGAAGAAAAAGGAAGAAGCUAAAAAAAUAGAAGUCCCCAGGAAAAGAAAAAGAAGACGGAAAAAGAAAGGAUCACUGAGUAAAAGUGAUCAACCUGAUGACAACAGAGAGCAGGAGAAGGAGAAGCACUGGGAUGAGCUUAAGCAGUAUUUUGGUUCAAAUGAUCGUUUUCAACCCCCCUCAUGCUCCAAACCCCCUCCGAAGUCCGGCCUAGAAAAGAGCAUAGAGAGGGCCAUUGCUGAAGGGGACAUUGCAAAAGCGGAGGAGAUGAGCGACAGCCUUGCUACGAGAGAGCUUGCUGUGAAAAUCGCUGAAGCCGCUGGUUGCCGUGACUACGCCAAACACAAACAAGAAGAGGAAGCUUUGAAGGCCGCGCAGAAGAGGAAGAAGGAGAUCGCCUGGGGGUUUGAGGCCAAGAAAAGAUGGGAAACAAAGAGCAACAUGGGAUUCAUGUGACUAUUGUUAAAAGAAAUCUCAAAGACUAUUUUACGAACAUUUGUAGGAUGACAAGAAUCCUGAAGAAGAACAAGAAUCUAUGACAUUAAACAGGUGUAUUUUUACUAUUCAAACAUCUCCACAUACCUGACCUCUGACCUGUAACAACAGCAGUAACAGCCACACAGAGACAAGCCACUGCCAAUCUCCACUGAACUAAAGGAAAAGGCAGCAGUUAACUUGAAAACUAUCACUGCAUGACAUCACAAGGUGGAAUAGACCAUUUUGCCUUGGAGAUGUAGACAGAAUAAUAAUAAAGGGCUCCUCAAACAUGUGUAAACGAAACAAAACACAACUCCAGGUAUGUUUUUCAUGAGGUAACACCAUUUUAACAUGGCUUAAAGCUCACACAAAUCUAUUUUGUUUAAUAUAGGACCUUUAAGUUAUAAUCACUAUAUUUUAACCACUGCAGUGCCUGGGCAGGGCUCUUCUCUCUCUAAUAGUUUGACCAUGGACUGUAUUCAUCAUCUACAUUUGAAGCAAAACAUAUUUAAAACCCAGCAAAGAGGAAGCCAUCCAUCCGCACAAGCAAGGGAGAGAAAUUGACAGAUUCAAAUUAAUUCCUAAGGCGCCCAUUGGUGUCUGCAUUGUGUUGUUUUCCAUUACAUUUCAGUGAUUUGUGCGUUUUCCCCCUUCAAAUUAAAUCUGGUGUACAUUACGGGAUGAGGCGUUUAUUUAUUGCUGUAAAGUGGGUUAAUCACGAAGGCGCUUCUUUCUUCUGCUGCCGAAGAGAAAGGAGAGAUUAUGUCCCUAAUGCAAUGUACAGGAUAAUGUUCGAUAGGAUUUAUGUGAGAAAAUGAAAUUUGGCUGUAAAGUGUUUGCGAGGGUCCGUAAACUGAAAAGGAGGGGGGGGGGAUUUGGCCCAUCCAGAGAAACACAGCAUUGUCUCGAGCCCAAACAAGAGGCUCUGGCUGUUUACUAGAAGCCUACAUUCGUUUGUCAUUGCGCUAAGAGCUACUUCAGCUCUUCUAAACUCCUCUAAACCAGUGUAUUCUUUCUCACUUUGAUCUGCUUUGAUCUACAACAAUUUAUAACCCCCAUUUUCUACUUUUGGAAAUUCAGAUUCACUCCAUAGACACACAGCAUUUUUACUGAUGGGUAAGAUAAAUGUUUUUCAUGAGGAGGUUCAGAUAUUGGAGGUUAACUGCAUUAUUGCAUCCUGGACAUGGAUGGGUUCAGUUUCAGUGUUAAUAUAUUAUUAAUUGUUCAUGCAUUUUAAGCAACUUUGAAACACCUCUGACUAGGGUUGUCAGAAGUGUUGAAAAUCAGAUACUAAUCAAAACUAAAACUAGUAUCGGGG